AUGGAAACUAGCAUACAAAUCACUGGCCUGAACUACCAUACACUGUCUGGCUCAGUAGUGUUCAGUGACACUGGAUCAGGAGUCAAAUCUUUUCGAGUGGCACUCAGGAUUCUGUGUUUUAAACUUUUACCCUUUCUGCAGGCACAGGCAUUAGCAGUGGGGAACGGGAAAUGGCGUGGAACAGUUGGAAGCAUUGUGGAUGCACCCAUAGACAAAGUUUGGGUGAUGGUGUCACAGACUAAAAGACUACCAGAAUGGAUGCCAAUGGUUGAAAGAUGCACUGACUUGGAUGGAGAUGAAGGCGUUCCAGGCUAUAUCCGGCUGGUCUCCGGCUUCAUGUUCCCUCAACAAGAUGGAGAAAGGUCAUGGGUCAAGGAGAAGCUAGUUUUCAUGAACCCAUCAUCACAUAGUUAUGCAUACAAAAUGGAAGCAAGCAAUGUAGGUUUAGAUGGGUCUGUAAAUUCAUUAAAGCUUGUGGAUUAUGGAGAUGAUUCGACACUAGUAGACUGGUCAUUUGAGAUAAACCCUUUAGACGGUGCUUGUGAGGACAGCAUUAUAGACUAUCUAGGAUUUCUCUAUAAAUCUUGUAUUAAUAGGAUUAAGGGUGCCAUUGAAGCUUGGGACAAAAAAGUUUGA